UAUGCCCCGCCUUUUGGACCAGUUUUUCACAGAAACUUUUACACAAUAUUGUUUUUGACUACUGACUAUUACACAAUACAUUUUUGAUAUCUACAGACAAUAUCUCAAGAAUAUUACGCAGCUGCGUUACUGUUAUUUUUCUCUUCUUGUUGGACUUCUGGUAGUCACUUGGCUCCAAUGUGAUGUCCCAGAAUGUCUACGAGCCAGCUGAAUGCUGUUUUAAGUUCUUCAGGGGUAAAAUUCCGAUAAAUAAAAUCGACUACUACUUGGAGACAAGACCUGGUUGUCCCAUUGCUGGAGUCAUGACAUUAGACUGAUGAUAUCUACAGUACAAUAUCUCAAGAAGCAGAAUCUACAGCUAUGCGUUACUGUUAUAUUUCUCUUCUUGUUGGACUUCUGGUAGUCACUUGGCUCCAGUCUGGUGUGAAGGCCAACAGUGGGAACGUGCCAGAUGAAUGCUGUUUUGAGUUCUUCAGGGGUAAAAUUCCGAUCAAUAAAAUCGACUCUUACUUGAAGACAAGAAGUGAAUGUCCCAAUGCUGGAGUCAUUUUCAUCACCAAGAAGCCUCUUCGUAUCUGUGUGAAGCCUAACGCAGACUGGGUGAAAAUAAUCAUGCAACAAAUUGAUGAACAGCAGCUGCUCAUUUGGCUCCAACCUGGUGUGAUGGCCCAGAAUGACAGAGGGCCAGCUGAAUGCUGUAUUAAGUUCUUCAGGGGUAGAAUUCCGAUGUAUAAAAUCGACUCCUACUUGAAGACAAGACCUGAAUGUCCCAAUGCUGGAGUCAUUUUUAUCACCAAGAAGUCUCUUCGUCUCUGUGUGGAGCCUAACGCAAACUGGGUGAAGAGAGCCAUGCAACAAAUUGAUGAACAGCAGCUGCGCCAAUACAAAUAGCUUGAUUAUGCUGAAAUAAGUUGAGCAAAUAGGACUUGAUAGUACAAUCCCUUAGAAUAAUUGGCACUAGUUUGUUGACAUCUUGAGUUGGGAUUAGGGGUAAUCACUUCACUAGGGUCAUCAGGUGGGCACUCUCCUUCCUUGGUGUUUCAUUGAUAGGCCCACGACACCUCCAAAGAGCUCAACAGCGACACCUGGCAUCCCAGGUUUGCUCCCCUCUGCUUUUACCCCUCUAGGUCAUUUUGCAGCCCAUUUAGGAUCCUUAAUUUUUAUCCACAGCCAGUUGCUACUUUGCUUAGCUGCAUCUGACAUCAACCUAAUAGCUUGUCGUAAGACCUGUCCUCUGACUCCAAACCCCUACAAGCCUCUGCACCUAACCUUUACGGGAAGCAACUGGGUUUGCCAGCCCUGUUGUAGUGUUGUGGCUGCUAGGUCAGAGGACUUCAGCCUUCAGUAAUAUCAGUUUUUAUAUUAUCAGUAACAUCUAACUUCUCUACGCUGGAGUCUUGUACGUUUUGCUAUUUUCAGCUUAUGGAUGUUCAGUCCAUUCCUGUGUCUGUGAGACAUUUAGUGAAUUUUAUUAUAUCUUACCCAUUAAUUUGAUCUCUCAGUGAAGUCACCAUGAGCUCACAAGAUCCUCAUAAUGUGGUCACACUGUGUUGGUCACAGUGAUCUAAAAGUGUAACCACACUGCACGCUCACUGUGUGCAAAUAUGAUCACAAUAUGAGGUCACGGUACACUCAUACCAUUAACUCAAUAUUCUGAAUUCACAAUGAGCUUGCAUAUUACUCACAACGUGAGAAUCUCACAGUAUGAGAAUGGUGUGACGUCACUGUGAUCCUCAAGAAUCCCCCUUUUCUAGUGAGAUAAAGGAAGUAGAAUGCCCCCUUGUGACCUUUAUUUGUAUUGCCUCCUCUUAACCCGCUCAACAUUUUGAAAUCACAAUGAACUCACAUAUAGCUCACACUGUGAUUAUCAUGGUAUGAGAAAAGUGUGAUGUCACUUUGAUCAUUGAGCGUUUUAUGUUAUUGUUAUUUUAUGUAUCAUCAUAUAACAAAGUUUUGCAUGAUAUCCUGUUUGAUAUAUCUAUGUUCUGCUUUAAAUGCCAAAUGUAUCCCUUAUUAAUGAUAUGUACUUUAAAUGCAAAAAUAAUACAUGAAAACAUUUAACAAACUUGCAUUAUUAAUUGUAAGUAGCACCUUAUUGAAUCAUACAAUGCUGAACCAUAAAUUGUAUUUCGUGUAGACUUAUUUCUUUGAUGUCUGAUUAGAUACAAAUGGGCUACAUCUAGGUUAGAGUAUUAUACAGUCUCUUUGUUUUUUCACAGUAUAAAAACAAUAUGUCUUAUAUAAUGCACUGAAUUCUAAUAAAACAUAACAGACACAAGAAA